CUAGAAGUAGUGAUGCAGUUAAAGAUUUCGUUGAAAAUUCUGAAACCAAGUUGGUAGUGAUGUAAAGGGCCAUAAGAACGUCGUAUUUCGGACGUCCGGGCGAUCGCAGGGAUCAAAUCAGCGGCCCAAACUGAAGACCAAGGAGAUGUCAGAGAACGAACCGGGUGGCGGGGUCCUAAAGCCCCCGGUGCGAAACCUGCCGAAGAAGAGGAAAUUUGACCCGAGUGAAUUGGAGGAAGACAACUGCAGCCCGGUCACCGACAAAGGCAAUACAAGGAUAUCGGCGACGGUUCUGGUUAGUUCCAUCCCUGCCAGUAAUGAGUACAACCCAGUUCAGGGUGCACCGAUCGACUACUCCUCAUACUACCCACCAAGCUCAGCUAGCCAUGGCUCAGUGGGACCUCUGUCACUGCAGCCUCCACCUGUCCAGAUUUCACCCCCUGCGCCUAUGCCAGCCGCUCACCACAAAACCGACGUGGCCCCUUAUACGGUUGCCAAGGAGACUGGCCCUCACUGCUGCAUUGACCUUCAAGAUUUUGUUGGCCAUCGAGUUUUGGCCAGAAGCAAAUACAACCCACAAAUUUACCGGCCCGGUACAAUAUCCAACGUCUUGAUGAACACUGGAAACCAGGCGGGAGGGGUAACAGUGACCCUUGACCGCACCAGCAUUAACGAAGAACCUGUCAGUCUGCUUUACGGAAAUGUUUUUGUUGAUAGCCCGCUUGAUGUUGUUUCUGACAUAUGUCCAAGUAUGAGUCAGCUCAGUCAGCUGAGUGGAAGGUUUUCCUUUGCUGUAAAAGAUAGCCACCCAGAGGUCCGAUACCUUUCUGCUAUAAUUUGUCAGAUAUACUCAAAUCCAUUGCAAGUGUUGGUUGAGAUACGCAUGGGUGAUGCAACAUUUAGGCGCCUAGUGAAACGCGCACACCUGCGAAUUUUGCAAGCACCCUGGGCAGAGGAGCUGGCUCAUCAUGCUGAGAACCACGCCGAGCCUUUGUCAUAUGUGACCAAAGUGCCGGUGCCGCUACCAGCGCCUGCGUCUCCCCUUCCUACUUCGCACCAAAACCUGGUGCCAUGCACGCCUAUGAUGUACCGUCACUCUGCGACUUCGCCCCUCAACAACAACAACCCUUCAGGCCCAAUGCCUAUACCUUCAGUCACGACUGCACCAGCCAUUCUGCGUGUGGCUUCUCCCCACGCUGCCAACCUGUCAUCCACGGCCUCAACUUUGACUGUACCUGUAGUACAAAAUAACCACCAACAUGCCGAAGCUGAUUUCCGGCGCAAGCAGUUUGACGAAUUUGUCGACUCAGAUGAUGAUUUGCGGAAAGAAGACAUCAUGUUUCCUUCAGAAAUUGGCAAUUGUAUUAUAGAUGUGAAAAUAUCAGAAACAGGGAGUAGCAAACGAUCAUCUGUGCAAAGCCGUGGCUCUUCCUGCUGUGACCAGAUAAACAGUGGUGGUUCUGUCACACCAAGCCGCUCACAGACCACCACACCUCACCACUACAAAAAGGGCGACGUUGUUCGUACUCAAAGUGGCAUAAGGAAGAAGUUCAACGGCAAGCAGUGGCGGAGGCUGUGCUCUCGGGAGGGUUGUAACAAGGAAUCUCAGCGCAGAGGCCACUGCUCUAGACACUUAGCGCUUAAGAACAGUGUCACGCCAUCCUCUGGAAGGGAGUCUGAGGAGCCUUCACCUAUCUUCACCAGUCAGUCCAACACGCCAAAUCCUACGCCACUGCCAGGACCUCCAGCCAGUAAUACUAAUGGAAAUGGGAACAAUGGCAAUCAGGUUAGAGCCUCUGCUCUGCGACUGAACAGUAGAAACUUUGAUGCAGAGGAAACUGAAGCUGCUAACAUCAUGGUUUCCCUGGGAACUUCAAAACCAGCAACACCAGAAGUCACCCAGGCCCAACAAAAUGCACACUCCAACUUCCAUCAGUCCCGGUCUCCUAUUGGGGCUUCUACUAACCUGUUUGUCCCUAUCGUGAGCCACAGUGACCAGAAACCAGCCAACAGAUUGCUUUCUCCCCACAAUGUCAGUCCUGUUCCCAAGCAAUUUGGGAAUUAUAACAACCAACAGAACCUUAUCAGGCCUGAGAUUGUUCGUCCGCAUAUGCUUAUUUCAAAAGUCCCUGUACAAACAACAGCGAUGCAAAAUCUGUCACAAAGAACACAUCAGCAGUUGCCACAGCAGCAUGCGCCACAACUGCCUCAACAGCAACAACAAACUCAGCAACAAGUGAUCUCAGAAAAUUCUCAUCCCACAUCCACAGUUAACUCAACUUCAACCACUGCCCCAAACUCGAACCAAACAAGUGUAAUUAGGAUCAGUCCUAGUCCAAACGUGAAGAACUGGACCAACGAGCAGCAAGUUGCUUUGUUGAAUUACACCAUUAAUGAGCAAAAUCAAGGCCAGCCUUUGUUGCAGAAGGCACUGACAACUCAGAAGCAACUGACUCUGUAUACUGUUCAGUCCAACAAGUCCAACCCUGAGCACUCGAUUAUUUGCGUAGCUGUGCAGCAGACUGACAACAAACAUAACUCUGAUGAGAAUCACGUCACACCCAAAUUCCAGCCAGUAAUCGUUGGACCAACACACAUUGUACCAGUUGUCUCCCCAGAAACGAGAGUUUCAGAGCCGAACACUGCCACAGCUGCUAUUACAUACCCGUGGACCAAUUUGGUUCCUAUCUUACCGGCCGCUACUGCAAAUUCUGUACUUGUGAAACCACCAACGGCGAGCCAGCAAAAUAGCAUUGCCAAUAACUUGACAAACAACAAAGUUGCCAAUGCAGAAGCGCACCCUCCACUUGCUCCACCUUGCAAACCAGAGCGGAAAAAUUCUCUUGUUGAGGAAAAGAUGGACAUCGAGACCAGUGCCGAGUUAGAUGAUGAUGUGUUUGAGCCUGAACCAAACAGCAGCAAAGAAGAUCAAGUAGCUGGUGAUAAACGACGAUCUCAAAGUCUCUCUGCUCUACCAAGUCCAGUGAAGGGCAAAGAUAGAAUACGACGUCCGAUGAAUGCUUUUAUGAUAUUUAGCAAGAGACACAGAGCUCUUGUGCAUCAACGCCAUCCAAACCAAGAUAACAGGACUGUCAGUAAAAUUUUAGGUGAAUGGUGGUAUGCAUUGGGAACUGAUGAGAAAACGCGAUAUCAUGAGCUCGCUUCAGAGGUUAAAGAGGCACACUUCAAAGCUCAUCCUGAGUGGAAGUGGUGCUCAAAAGACAAAAGAAAAAGUUCUUCUGGAAAGAAUGAUCUUAGUCAGCCAAGCACACCCAAAGAACCUUUGUCCAAGGAAGGUGAAGAAGGCAAAGAAGGUCCAAUGAUUGAUCUAAAAUGUGCUGAGAAUGUCAACUCUGACUCAGAAUCAGAAAAUGAAACUCUGAUUGAAAACAAAGUGUUUCCACAGCAAAGGUUCAGUCCUGUUGCUUCAAACAACGGCAAGACUCCAGGAAUCGGGCCAAGUACUUUAUCAAAAACUUCGCAAAUCCCUACUAGUGAGCCUCACCAGCAAGUACAAGUUUCACUUUUGAAAAGCCAGGCGUCCUCUCAGCCUGUAGGGCUAGAUGCAAAAAAAGAGGCAGUGCCUCAGUCGCCCAGCUCUCAAAAUGAUAACUCCACAACUUGCAGACCGAAGCCAAUUAAAAUGAGUUUACUCCUACCUCACAGAUUGCCUUCUGACAGCUCAAGCCCAACGUACAGUCCAUUCAGCCCAACUAACUUGCCUCAGCCAUCGCCGACGCCACACAAGUUCCCAUACUCUCCACAAAACCCAGCUGGCCUUUCAAAAUUCCAACCCACUGGUGGUGCUUUCCUGCCUACUAGCCCAAAGGUCAAGACUCACAUGCAGGCCAAGUCGUUUGGGCAGCAGCAACAACAACAGCCACACCCACAGCAACAAUCAGGAACAGUAACAUUCGUGAGAUUGUUGCAACCAAUGUCCCAAGCUUCGACAGUUCCUGCUACUGGCACGCAGAGCGUGCUUUACAGUUUAGCUGCACAAACAUCGGCUCCCAGCUCCACGGCACAGACUGUCAUUGUGACCAAGAGUCUGCCAUCGCCAGCUCCUGCUGCUACUCAAAAGCAUCCCCAAGAGGCAAAGCAAUCAAAGGCUGAUCCUGAAACCAAUGAAAAUGGGCAGCCUUUUGUGUUAGCUCCAACGCCGGCUCAACUUGGCAAAGCUCCGUUGCAAAGACGCAAAGCUUCUACAGCUUCUGAAGGUUCGCUCAGCAACCAUGGUUCUUCAUCGGGUGGCUUGCUUCCUGAAAACCAAGAUAAAGAACCGGUUCCUCCAAGCCCAAGUGGCUCAACAGGCUCGAUGCCUAUUUCCCCAGCUUGCAAGAAGAGUUUCUUUAAGAAAAAUAUAGAGGAUGGAAUGGACAAGGUGCUUGAGACGGUCAACUUUGAAGCAAAGUUUUCAUCUUUACCGCAGUUUAAACCACACGAGGGAAAGUCUCCCAGUGUCAUCCCUAACACCAGUCCAAGGGUGUUUGUACAGAGUUAUCGGAAGAAAUCGAUUGCUGAAGAAAGGGAAGAGAGCAGUCAGCCUGCCACACCACAUACAAGUAACAUGAUGCUGGAGCCACUUCCGCCACCUUCAUCAAAUCCUGAAAGCGCGAAUUUAAUGCCGUCAGCCAGACUUGUCGGUCAAACUUUCUUCCCGCCAGAUUUCAAUCCUGAAAACCCAUUCAGAGAAGAGGAUGCAGUAGCUGCCAGUCCUCGAACGCCAAAGACACCUAGGACCGCCUCAGGACCACCCAACUCAGCAAGCAAUGAGUCGGGAGAUAGAGGGCAUAGACGCGUUCUGGAGCAACGAAGAAUUUUGGUCAUGGAGCUCUUCAAUAAUCAUGGAUUUUUCCCAUCAACUGAAGCCACUUCCAAUUUCCAAGCUGAACAUGCUGACUUGUUCCCCACCAAGGGUGCUCUCCAAUUGAAAAUUAGAGAGGUGAGGCAGAGGCUUAAGGCCAGCACGACCAUCAAGAUACCUAGUACACCAACACCAGGCAGUCCAGCUGUCAAUCAGAAUAAUCAGGCAGCUGCAGGAGCUUCAGCCAAUUCAACGCCGACAACUAGUAGCCAAAACAACUCUUAGGUACAGUUUAGUGUUAUCUGACCGAACACGAUUUUUCUCUGGCAAAAUCCGCUGUGGUUAGCUAGAAAAUGUGAAUUGAGAGUGGUCAACACUAUGGUUCACAUGAAGUAGAACCAAUUUUGAGUAUUUUGAUGAAGAUUUUGGAGAUGUCGUAGUUGGUGAACAUUUACCUGCACCUUACAAAAUUGGAGCAAGCGUAAUAGUGAAAAUAGUUUUAUUUUCACCACUAUAUGACAUGCACAAAUUUUUUUAGACUUUGUAUUUUUAUCAAGGGCCAGUACUUACCUUUUAUUUACUGGCAGUUAAAUUUUAGACCCAUCGGUUCCUUGCAAUUAAAGUUUUUUGGACUCCAGUUACCUUAAUUUACUGCAAUGAGCAUGCCAAUUUUACUUAUUUGCCAACUGGAAAACUUGAUUAUCACAUUUUCCCAGCUUAUAUUAAAAAAUAUGUUUGCAAUUAGAGUGCUUCCUGUUGAAAAAUGAUACUAUUAAUUUAGUAAUUAAUUGAUAAGGUGACGGUAUUAUUACAACAUUAUUGAUUAAUUUUAUGUUGCACUGAUAAAUUAAUGUACAUAAUAAUGAUAAAAGUUUCCACCAUCAAUGGGAAGCCCACAAAUUUUUAGCAUUUAAGUCGAAUUUAAACAGAUGAGUGUUGUAGUGGCAAAGAGGUGAUAUUUAAGAAACUGGAAAGAAGUUGAAGAGCAAGGAUCAGAAAAAUGGGUAGUAAGUUAAAAUAAGUGGAGUUCUUGUUAAUUAAGGACUUAAAGAAUAUGUAAUUAGAUUGAUACGAGAGCAUUAAAAGUAGUCGUCCUAUCAAUCGAACAAUUCUUUCUCACUCACUGUACAACUAUUGUAAUUCUCCAUAUGUUGAUUGCCUUUUCUGAUAGUUGCAAAAGCUGGCAGUAAUUAGUACACAUUUGAGGGUGCGAAUUCUAUGCACGGGCUAGCCCAUGUUCUCCCCACAUGCUCUUGAGCGUUUCGGAUCUCACACGCGAACUCCCAAAUCCGCUUGCUCAUUCUAAAAUGAUAAAAGAGUCCCUCACCGACAAGUCAAUCGUUAAGCAAUAAAACUCGGAGCAGUAAUUCAAGACAACUGCUCGCUGGUAGAGAGAAACUUACCCGAGCCGCCACAGUUCUGAGCUUUUGCAACGCACUCAUUUCUUAUCGGGAAUAAACUUGAAUGUGUUUUCAAUCAUAAAUGUUUCUCUUUACACAGUGUAAGGUCUAGCGCCGCGUUUUGGUUCGGGAAAAGAAAGAUUUCAGGACCCCGCCUUCCCAAUUUCGGAGGGAUUUUGAAAGACUGAACCUUGAAUUUGCAAUAUUAUUUUUUACGUUUUGACAUUUUAGGCUCAAAAUUUUUAGUUCUCGCUAAUUUUAACCCUAUUUUUCUACGUCUCGCAUUAUUUUUCUAAAUUGUAGCUCCGUCGCUUGUACGCGCAGCUCAUUUAAGAGCUUAUUCUCGAUCCUACUUUUCCAUUCCAACGAACACUUUCCUGAACUGACCGAGGGCGCUCCGUCUCGGGCCAAGCGCGCGCCGGGCUAUCUUAUUCAAUGUUGAUCAUUAUUUGUACAUACAUCUCUUUUCUCUUGCGUGUUGUCAGAGCGAUGCAAACGAAGCAAGUUGUACAAGCAGCCCUCCAUUUACCUGACCCGAGGCCGCUUCCCGCACUGCCGCGUGACCACCAUUAUUGACCAAUUAAGACUGCGAAAGUGGACAUACUUGCUUUAAUUUAAAAGACACGCGACCUGUACUACGAGUCAUAAGUUAACGCGCCGUCGGGCGGGACAUUUUAAGCAACUUUUAGGCCUUGUCUUUGGAGCUCAAAAAUGCAACCACGUGCCAGGUCAGGCGGCAGUGCGAGAGGUGCCAUCGACGAGAACGGCCCUUUUUAAAUGAAAUGAAAUAGAAAAAAAUCAAGAUUAUUCAAGCAGUUUGAACUGUCUGGAACACGAUGUACAAGCACCAAUAAUUCUUAUUAUCAUUAAAUUAUUACUGUACCAAUUAGAACAUUGACAAAAGAACAAAUGCCUUAAAGUGAAAAUAUUAUAAUUACUAUUCAGACGGAACGAGAGAAAGAGAGACGAGUGUCAAGCGAAUGAAUAAGUAAGCUGUAGAAAAAGUCCCGCUCUGAAUUAAUCAGUCGUUCGUUCGUCACCGCCGCCACCGCUGCAAAAAUGCAUUAAUUAAUUAAGAAUGGAGCGUUUUUCCUUCUUGUUCUUCUCUCUGUGUAUAAAAUUAACGAGAAAAUAUAUAACGCAUACAGAAAUAGUUAUAUAAAACGAAACGAGGAAGCAAACAAAAUGAAAUAAAAACAUGAAUGAAGUGUAGGAGUUUAUCGAUAAAAACUUGGGUUUAAGUGUUGACACUGUUGUUUUUAAGUUGUACAACUUUUGUAUCAAUUUAUUUCCUCGGUUAAUUUUGCGAUGAAUACGCUGAUUCAUAUCGUGUAUUAUAUUGACUAUUUAUGUUCGGAUCAUGAUAUGUAACACUACUAUUUCUCUUGUUCUCUCUCUAUCUGAACCACUAACUUUUUGUUAUCUCUUCUGAUGAAGCUAUUCUACGUUGUGUACUAAUAAACAGAGACAGAGAAUAACAUUUGCUAUAAUAGUGUUUGGUAAAAAAGUUUAAUAAAGACAAUCUAACUCAAAAUA